UGACCUCCAGAAGGGAUAGCUAAAACCACUCAGGAGUAAUGGCCUCCCGAUACUCAAGGCUCGAGGACGACCUGUCCUGCCCCAUCUGCGCACAGAUCCUACAGCAGCCCGUGGUCCUGGUAUGCAGGCAUCGCUUCUGUAAAUCCUGCUUGGAGGGUGUCUGGGACGGGGACAAGGAGAACUGCGUCUGCCCCUUGUGUUGCCUUUCUUCCUCCAUGGACCAGCUGGUUGUGAAUACCAUGCUGGAGAAGACCUGCCAGUCUUUCAUCCUGGAGCGCAAGAAGGGUGAUCCUCGAGCAUGCCAGGAGCAUGGAAGUACGUUAACUCUUUUUUGCUUGGAGGAACUGCUGCCUGCUUGCGAGGUCUGCAAGUCGGCACCCCGCCACGCAGGUCACAGAUUGUACUCUUUAGGUGAAGCUGCGUAUGACUGUAAGGAGGAGCUCAAGACUGCACUGAAACCACUCAAAGAGAAGCUGAAACUCUACACAAAAGCCAAAAAGACUGCUGAUGAAGUGGCAGAACAUAUAAAGGCUCAAGCGGAGCACACCGAGAAACAAAUUAGGGAAGAGUUUGAGUCAAUUUACAACUUCCUGCGGGAGGAGGAAGCUGACAGGAUUAAGCUCCUAAAAGAGGAGGAGAAGACGAAGAGCCAAAUCGUAAACGACCGCAUUACAGACAUAUCCACUGAGCUGGCCUGUGUCGCAAACACAAUCAGAACCGCCGAGCAGGAGAUGAGAUCAGAGGAUAUACCAUUUUUAAAGAAUUAUAAAGACACCAUUAAAAGAACCUGGCGUGAACCAUUGAAUCCAGAGGUGCUCUCAGGAUGUCUUAUUGAUGUCGCAAAGCACUUAGGCUCUUUGAAAUUCAAAGUCUGGGAGAAAAUGAAGAAUAUUGUCAAAUUCACUCCUGUAACCCUGGACCCUAACACAGCAGCGCACUGUUUCCUUCUGUCCAAAGACCUGACCACAGUGCAGUGCCUCACGCAGACCUUCAAGCUCCCCGACAACCCCGAGCGCUUUGACGUCAGCGCCGAGAUGUUGGGCUCGGAGGGCUACAGCUCGGGCCGGCACAUCUGGGACGUAGAGGUCAAGGCCAACACUUACUGGGUGAUCGGGGUGGCCAGCGCGUCCAUCAACCGCAAGGGCAAGCACGUGCUGACGCCCACAGAAGGCUUUUGGACCAUUCGCUUUCGCAAUGGAGAGUACAAGGCUUGCUCGGCUCCAUGGUCACCACUCACGAUGAGCAAGGACCCGCUGGUCAUCCGGGUGAUGCUGGAUAUGGACAGGUCAAAGGUGACAUUCUACGACCCACGGGAGAGGACGCCCCUCUACUCUUUCACUGACAUCAUCAGCCCAAGCGUCUUCCCAUACUUCUGCUCGGCGUGCAAGGAGCACCCCCUGAGGGUCAUGCCUGUCAGGCUGUCUGUGACAGUGGACCGCUAGACGUUGUCCACAGAAGCUCCUACAUGCAUCUUGCAACUUCUUCUGAUCAUUAGUCAGGUCAAGUCAAAUCAAGUCACUUCUCAUUUAUGUAGCACUUACCCGAAAGUGCUUUCCCUGCCGAGGCAAGUAAAUCGACAAUAAAAAAUAUACCUGUGAAGAAGGCAGAAUAAUGCCGUGAGAAAUAAUUCACUAAACAUGCAAAGUUUACUAGCUAUGUAGGCCAUAUCAAGUGGAAUAAAUUCCAUAAUUUGGAUUUUGGUUUAAAGUUGGUUAUUAGAGAAUAGAGAUAGUUAGAUAUUCAGUAUAAUUCAGGGUUAAUACCACACAUCCAUCUUCAUUCUCAAUCCCUGGCAAAAUUAUGAGAGUUCAUUCAGUAUGUAUAAUAACAGACGAUUAAGAUUUUAUGAUGAAUGUAACCACUAAUCUGGAAAAAAAAUAUUUUGUUUCUGUUUUCAAAUCCAUUUGUAUGCAUGGUCACUGAGUACUGAUGAGAACGGACUAUUUUUGUUUGUCAAAAAUAGUCUGUAGUAGUAAUGUUUUGUUUUGUUUGUGAUAUAUUUUUGCUUAUUGUCUGCUAUUAGGUGACUGGAUUUCAUUACCACAGAGCUUCAUGAACAUUCGUGCUGAUUUCUUUGUCAGGUGUCUGCACAUUAGUGAUCACUUACAGAGUUCUUCUUUUCCACUCAGUCUUAAAUCUUCAACUGUUUCCCUGAACUCAAUCCAACUGUCAGAAUCAGUCUGUAACUUGUUUCACACUCUGUUUCACACUCUGAGGUCAUUUCAAGUGCAGGUCAUUCAAGCCUGUGUGCUUAUAGUAAUAAAACUGGGUACAAAAAUCAAACAUCAAAGUCCAGAGCUACUUCACCCAAAGGAUACAUAGAAUGAGUGUCUUGAUGAAACUGUUACUGACUGUUUUAGGCUUUUGAUUAUAAUUUCUAACCACUGUUGUUGGCUAACAUAACUAACGAAGCUAACAUUGACAAUGUGUUGUCAAUCACUUAAAACCUUUGAUUGACUAUAUGUCCACAAGUACUUGUGAGACCAAACAGGGGACAUUAUUUGGUAAAAGGUGCAUCUCACAGAACAUCUACUUCUAAAGUGAACUAGUCACUAGUAGCCUAAAGGACUCAGGGGGUAAAGUGUACAGAGUUAAUCUCAUGACACUGACUAGCUGACCAGUUUCAGAGUGAGCUAUACACAAGAAUAACCCUCAAACCUAACUCGAGAGAAAGAGGCCAAUGAGAUUUUAUAUUUUGACGUUUCGAUAUUUAGCACUUGUUUAGCAAUAUGUUCUUAGCACAGCAGACGUCAUCUCUUGCAAAUAUGUUGAAACACUUUUUCAUUGGUUUAACACAAUUUUAAUAUAAGAUUCCAAGCUCUAUUGGAUUAACUGUGUUGAACAAAUGAAAAGCAUAUAUUCACAGCUAAUCGAUAUUGCUUUCACAAUUAUGAAGUUCUUAUGUCUCUGUGUGAAACUCUUUUCUUCUUCAAUCAGCAAUAAUUCAUUAUCCAUAAUACCAUCUGUUCUGUGUUGCUAUUUCAAGCAUGGAUCUAAGGCACAUUUAUGAAAACUACUGUUUCACCUUUUUGGCAAAGAAAACAGUACAAAAGUUGACAAGUCAAGUUAUAGUUCAAUUUAUGAAUUUGUCUUGUCUAGGUGCUUACUGUUGGUCUUACAUGGCAGUUGGAGGGAAUGAAUACAAUUAUACAAUUAUUUUUGUUCAAUACAUUUUGUCUUUUCACAGUUUUUCAGUAUGAAACUCAACAUAUUGAAAGCAAUGUUUUGCAUUGUGUUGUCCAUUGUGUAAUAAUUGAUUGAAAGCACACAGUGAUUUGACAACAAGUUGUAUUGUUUAAAGGCAAAAUAAGCUUUUUUUAUGUUUAAUGUUUAUGAUUUAAACAUUUUGAGAGUCUUAUGCGAGUCUUUUGCAAGCAAAAUGUGUAAUUUUGGCCACAGUGUGUUAAUUGUUUUGAAAAUGAGAUGUCAGAGUUGACACAAUCAUUAAAAAAACACCCUGUAGGUGCAACUGAUGCAAUCAGGGAAGAUAGUGCACUCACAGAUGCUAAAGGGUUUCUAUUUGUCUAUGCCCAGGCCCAGCUUUGUCUGUGUAUGUGUUGCAAUCAGUGAAUGAGAGGGCAAAACCUCUGAAUAAUGAAUACCGUGGGCUGCUUCAGCAGGCUGUGUCAGGCAGAGGCUGAAUCACCCUGAAGAUAAGUUGGAUGCCCUGCUGGUUGAUCUGUUCCAUUAACAGCCCUGGCACCACUAGAUGACAAAAUGCACUGACUUAAAUUAAGUUAGUAAAAACAAAUCUAAAUUGCAUACAUAGCUGUUCAAAAGCCAGGGGUCACUUAGAGAUUUAAAUUCCACUUACAGACAGAAUACCAGCUGACUGCUUAUUCGCUACAUGGUUCUUGCAUAGUUCUGGGCUGUGCUUUAGGUCACUGUCCUCUUUUUGGAUGAAAUUGUCUCCAAAUAAAACGCCCUCCGCAGGGUGUGGCAAGGCAGGCAUUGUAGGCUAGUGAAAGCCUUUCUUCAUCUUGUACAAUGUCUAAUCAUUCUCCCUCUGCCUGUGUUCUCUUGCCAAACUCAAUUCUUUCUCAUUAUUGGCCAGUCUGAGAAAUUCUGAGCUUUCUCUUUACAAAUCUGUCUAGAAGGCCGGCAUACUGAGGUCAUCUUCUCUAUUGCUGUUGACACUGGUGUUUUUCUGGUAAAACUGCCAAUUUGGGACCUCCUGUGAGGCCUGGGAUCUGUUUGUCAAACUAGACAGAUGUAUUUGUCCUCUUGUUCAGUUGCACUGAGGCCUCCAUACCCUUUUCUAGAAUGGUUAAAGCCAUUUUAGGCUCUUCCGUGAAGGGAAUAGCACACAGUGUUGUAUGAAAUCAUCAGUUUCUUGAUUAUUUCCCACAUGAAACAGCCCACAUUUUUCAGAACAAGAACAGAUUGAGAUGUUUCAGAAGGAAGUUCUUUGUGUGCAAAACCACCAUAGAUGAUGGUACAGAUACUCCAAAAAUGGCUAUUGUAUGUCUGUAUGCUGUGCUAACAUAUUGCAAUUGUUUUUUUUUUUUUAAUAAUCAGUUAACCUUUAAAAAGAUAAACAUUGAUUAGCAGACAGAAUGUGCCAUUGUAACAUAGGAUGGAUGGUUGCUGAUGAUAGGCCACUGUACACCUUUGUGGAUAUUGCAUUAAAUAUCAUUCAUAACAUUA